CGAGACAGAGACAUAGGCAGCUCGAUAGUAGUGGUGUAGCUACAUUGGCAGCGGCAAGUAUGAGAUAAGUUUCCUGGGUGAGCUAGGCUGGUUGGCAGCCGUUGUCGCAUUCUUGGAGAAACACAACGCAACCCGGUGGACGUCGAGAGGUGGCGGAGACAGUCCGUGUUACUGGAAUAACUGGUGGAUACACACGGGUUUUUUUGGGAUACAGCGCAGAGCAGCGUCGGCAGCAGCAGCAGCAGGAGCGCGACGAGUGCUUUGGCGGCGGUCCCGCUGCUAGCGAAACAUGAACAAAAACCACCGAGUGCCGAGCAACCGUUCUCUGAGUGCCGUGGAGGUGAAGAGCAAGUUUGGCGCAGAGUUCCGUCGGUUCUCGCUGGAUCGGUCGAAGCCGGGCCGCUUCGAUGAGUUCUACGGCCUCCUGCAGCACGUGCAUCGCAUCCCCAACGUGGAGUUGCUGGUGGGCUACGCCGACGUCCACGGCGACCUGCUGCCCAUCAACAAUGAUGAUAACUACCACAAAGCCAUCUCCACUGCCAGCCCUCUGCUCAGACUGUUCCUGCAGAGGAAAGGUAAGCACGGGGGAAGUGUUGGAACAAAGAGUGAUUGUUUGUUGGGGCAGAUCUGCUUUCUGAUGGAUACACAAACAAAAGUUUUCUGUUAUCUCAGAAUAGUAUAGCUUAGAAAUACGAGAUGGGCCGUUAAAAGGGAAAAUUUGCUGUUACGCUUUGUGUAUUUUGUCUAGAUAAUAAAAAAGGUAAGAUUAUGAAAGACCAUGGUAUCACAUUACCUUUUAAUUUUUUUAGGCUGCUGGUGUAUUUUGUCCUCAUUGAGCUGUCAUCACCCCUGUUCCCUAGCUAUGUCUUCUGGUGUCCCUUUCUGACCCACAUAGCUAAAGGUCAGCGACCUUGCUGUGUUUGUGUGAAGCAGUGUUUGUUUCCAAAGGCAAUUUCUCUGCAAGGGCUGGACCAAACAAAAAACAAGUCAACUUAAAGAGAAUAUGAAUAUUUUCAUUCUCCCUCAAUUCUCUCUGACUACCAAUAGUCAAACUGCCAUGGUGGUAUUUGUCCGAUUAGCAUAUCCUGUUUCUUUGGCGCGUUACUUGGAUAUUUGCGGUUGCGCUAAUAUUUGCUCAUGACUGUUAGUUUGCUAGUCAUUGUUUGCAGGUGUUUAGGGAUUAGUGUAAACCUGUUUCUAUUGACAACAUAUAUUUAAAAAAAAAAAAAAAAAAAAAAAAAGAAUCUUGAUUUGAAUAGAUUUUUGAAGUGUGCCUAAUGAGUUGCAGAGCGUGACCUGUUGAAUGCAGGGAGGACCCUCGGGCUGUACGGUCCGGGGCCGGUUGGGCUGCACGCUCUGUUGUGUUUAAGCUGUCUUCCUGUGCCAUAUGACCCUAUACAAGCUAAGCCACUUUGUCAGGAGGAGAUUAGUGGGGUCACCGUGCAGCGCUGCAUGGGACCGUGUUUCAAUUACACGCCCCAGACGCUAGCCCCACGCUGGGCUCGCUGCUGCUGCUGCUCACACACACAUGCACAAAAACACACAGAAACACAUGGUCAUGCAGGCAAGCAGGCAUCACACAUCAGUCCGGCACUCACACACAGCAAGAUUGAACAAAGACAAAACACACACACACUAAUUCAGCCACAGCCCCCUGUAGACCCUUUUGCACUCAGACCCCGGUUUCCCCUCCUGAUUUGCAGACCCCCCUUCACCCUAAUGCUAAGCACCAGUUGGUCCCAGCUUUAAGGGCUCUACAGUGUGCGGAUGCAGCAAGUUGGCCGCUUAUUUAUUAUAUUUCUGCAGUUAUUAUCUCUAGCGAUGGCUCUGUUUGUGUGUGUGUGUGUGUGGAAAGUGUCUCACAUCUUUGCAAUCCGAGCUCAUGGCAACAUGUAGUCGAACUGACAGUGGAUGAAAAGUUAUAUUGUUUUGGAGGAAUUAUUUUAACGUUAAUAAGUCCUCCACGAUCCUGUUUGUUGUCAUCAGCACAAAUUACCCUACACCAAAAGAGUUAUUUUAUUUUAUUUGUUUAAAACCCUCAUUUAAUCAGGCGAGUCGAUGAAGAACUAUGACGGUCUUAGUGGAGGGGUCACACCUGUGCCACACUACCACAGUUUUCUGCUCUACACCACUUUGUGUGUAGUGCACCACAACACUUCAGUCUUACAGUCGCAAACUGGCUUUUAACAUCAUCAGACUACAACUGUAUCCUUUGAGAGCUGAGCGAUUAUGUAAAUGUCUUAGAUAAGUUAGAUGUGAUCGCUCAUCAUUGCAUAAGAGCAGGACUUCAGACGAGGCAGCGGUGUGGGCCCAAGUUUGUCACAACUUGGCCUUCAUGGAAUAGCUCAGUGCAAUCUCAUUACACAGAUGUUUGGAGCUAAUAGAAACAACACUGAAUCUCCAGUCUCGUUGACAUAAUUCCCGGCACGGUUCAGUCCAUGCGUGUCGUAUGAGGUUAUUUUGGGCAGUGCAUUAUAUUUGUCCAAGGCUAGGUGCUCUGCGAGUUCUUUUCAUUCACUGAUGUGCAGAUGGUUCGAUGGAUGGAGGGAUGGAUGUUAGGCUGCGAGUGUCUGUUGUUGCUUUGUUCUGAUGUGGUUGUUGAAUAAUGCCCGCAUUGUUGUUUAUGCAUCAACGCUACAUCACCGACCAGCCAUUAACGCCGCAUUGUUCACUGCUGACCAAUGGAGGAAGUUUUUGUGUCUGUGCUGGUCAUUUUUUAAAUUGCUUCAACAGGCACCGGUAUAACCCAACAGCACCGGGGGAUCCCUUACACCCCACCGCCCCCACCUGUGAGCAAUGCGUGGGUGAAUAUUGAGCAGUGAGGCCUCCACUGUUUACUGGUUGACAUGGCAGCAGUGAAGAGGCCUGUUCAUAGUCGGAUUAACAUUGCAUGAGGCUGAUGGGAGCUGCAAAGCAUGCUGGGAGCAGUAUUGCUAGCAUUUGAAAACACAGAUUGUCUUAAAGGGACAGUUCACCCUAAAAUGAGAAAUACAUAUUUUUCCUCUCUCCUGUAGGGCUUUUUAUCACAUACAUUGUGUUGGUGUGAGUUAGGAGGUAUUGGACUAAAUGACACUUGGCUUGUGGUGCUCAAAACAUACAAACUCAACAGUCAUGUCUCUUUCUAGAAAUCAUGACCCAGUUACUCAAGAUGACCCGCAGGCCUUGUUGUGAGCAGUUUCAUGUAGGAACUACCUCUGCCAACCGCUUCAGCGCGCAGAAGGAAGCAUGCAUCUCCUCAUGGACCAGCUUACACCACUUAGCACCACUGAGCUAGCUAACAUAGCUCAGCCGAGGAGGGCACCAUUAAUGUUUACAUCUACUGCUGUCACGAGCGUGAGCCUCUCGUCCAUGAGUAGUAGAUGCUUCCUUCUGUGUGGUGAUAUGGUUGGCGGGACACACCCAGAUCCAAGCUUCACUAGUAGGUGUAGUUUGUUAGAAAGAAAAUAGUUCCUUCAUUGAAAAGCUCACAAAAAGGUGUGUAGAU